AUGCACACAGCCCCAAUUGGUUCCGCUGCACUCACGGAUCAAGACGCCGUGCCGCUUCUGAGAUGUGAUGCUUCAGGACUUUACUUGGGCACUGAAAGAACACGAUUUGAGGUCUGUAUGGUGUCAAAAGCACUGAGCUGUGACGGAAACAGCUCGCCACAAGAUCGCCUGGGCUCCACAGGAAGUGCCGCCAUAUUAACUUUCAGGUCAACUUUGGCCGUCAUGUGGGCCAGAUGUCUGCUCUUCCUCUGCAUCUUGAUGGCUCCCAUCGCCAUAGCCCACAGCCGUGCCCCGAUCCCCAUGGCCGUGGUGCGGAGGGAGCUGUCGUGCGAGUCAUACCCCAUUGAGUUGCGCUGCCCGGGCACUGACGUCAUCAUGAUUGAGAGCGCCAACUACGGCCGCACUGACGACAAGAUCUGCGACUCGGACCCCGCCCAGAUGGAGAACACACGCUGCUACCUGCCGGACGCGUACAAAAUCAUGUCACUCAGAUGCAACAAUCGGACUCAGUGUGCAGUUGUGGCCGGUCCGGACGUGUUCCCGGACCCCUGUCCUGGGACAUAUAAAUAUCUGGAAGUCCAAUACGAAUGUGUGCCAUAUAAAGUAGAACAAAAAGUCUUUCUCUGCCCUGGGAUCCUGCGCGGCGUCUAUCAAAGUGAGCACCUGUUUGAGUCGGACCACCAGUCAGGAGCGUGGUGCAAAGACCCUCUCCAGGCCUCCGACAAGAUCUACUACAUGCCCUGGACUCCCUACCGCACCGAUACACUCACCGAAUACUCCUCUAAAGAAGAUUUCAUCGCGGGACGUCCCACCACCACUUACAAACUGCCCCAUCGCGUCGACGGCACCGGUUUUGUAGUGUACGACGGAGCCCUUUUUUUCAACAAGGAACGCACAAGAAACAUCGUAAAGUUUGACUUGCGCACACGUAUUAAAAGCGGCGAGGCUAUCAUUGCAAACGCCAACUACCACGACACUUCUCCGUAUCGAUGGGGAGGCAAGUCGGACAUUGACCUCGCCGUCGAUGAGAACGGGUUAUGGGUGAUUUAUGCGACGGAGCAAAAUAACGGACGUAUUGUCGUAAGCCAGCUCAAUCCGUAUACUUUAAGAAUAGAAGGUUCGUGGGACACUAACUACGACAAGCGCUCGGCCUCCAAUGCGUUCAUGAUCUGCGGAGUGUUGUAUGUGGUGAAAACGGUGUAUGAAGAUGAUGACAAUGAAGGGACUGGGAACAAGAUCGAUUACAUGUACAACACAGACAAGAGCAAAGAAGUGAUUGUGAAUAUUCCUUUCCCAAACUCCUACCAGUACAUCGCUGCGGUGGAUUAUAACCCCAGAGACAACCUGCUCUAUGUGUGGAAUAACUACCACGUGGUCAAGUACUCCCUGGACUUUGGCAACAAUGACUUUCGACCCCCUGUGAUGCCCCCAAACCGAGGAGGAGGAGGCUCUUCUUCCACCAGCCGCACAACUACCCGUGUACCCCCUUACUUCACAACGCCCAGGCCGCUGUUGACCACCUCUCCAGGGCAGCGCUACCGGACCACCACUACCAUACGCUCGCCCAAGCUUAUCCCAGCAGGGGGCUCAUCCUCUGACAGCAACCAGAUUCCAGAUAUAAAUCAAAAAGUCCCAGGGCGCUCGCCUGCCGUCGUGGUUCCACCUCUGGCUGUCCCCCAGCCUCCCAUUAUGCCCCCCCAGGACUUCUGCACUCCCCGGAUCACCGCAGACAUAUCCUGGCCACGUACCCAGCAGGGUCAGCUUGCCAAGCAGCCGUGUCCGGUGGGGACCCUGGGCGUGGCUACAUACAUGUGCAUGUCCCAUUUGGGCUUCUGGGAUCCUCGAGGGCCGGACCUCAGCAACUGCACGUCGCCCUGGGUCAAUCACAUCAUGCAGAAACUGCGCUCGGGUGAGACAGCUGCCAUCGUGGCCCGAGAGCUGGCAGAACAAACCAAAGGACUGCUGCGGCCUGGAGACGUGCCCUCCACAGUGAGAGCCAUGGCGCAGCUUGUCGAACUACUGGACGUCCAGCUCAGGAACCUGACCCCCGGGGGCAAGGACAGCGCCGCCCGCAGUCUCACUAAGCUUCAGAAGAGAGAAAGGUCCUGCAGGUUUUUCACACAGGCCAUGGUGGAGACAGUGAAUAAUCUACUGCAGCCCCGAGCCCAGGCGGCAUGGAGAGAGCUCCCUACCAGUGAGCAGCUGCACUCAGCCACGCUGCUCCUCGACACUGUGGAGACUGGUGCUUUCAUGUUAGCUGACAAUCUACUCAAGACUGACACUGUGCAGGAGACCACUGACAACAUCCAGCUUGAAGUGGCAAGGUUGAGCACCGAUGGAAACCUUGCAGACCUGACGUUCCCACAAUCCGAACUACACGGAAACUCCAUCCAACUGUCAGCCAGCACUCUCAAGCAACACGGGCGAAAUGGAGAGAUCCGGAUGGCCUUUGUCCUUUAUAGAAACUUGGGCCAGUACCUGUCCACGGAGAACGCCAGUGUCAGACUGAGCAGUGACGCCGUGUACCCAAACUACUCUGUGAUCGUCAACUCCCCGGUCAUCACCGCGUCUAUUAACAAGGAGAGCAACAAAGUGUACCUGUCCGAACCCGUGGUCUUCACCGUCAAACACUUGCAGGGGCACAACCAAGUGCAAACACGUCCGUAUAUCCUCGUUGUGGUUAACCCUUAG